AUGCGUGAGAUACAAGAAGAGUCAGUUUCGACCUACCGCAUUGACUCUCCACCCCCAAGUCAUACUUCUUCUCCCACUUCAUCACCCCUUCCAUCCUCUCCCCUACAUCCUCGACACGGCAUCAUUCAACAUCAAUCAGACCACACCAGGCCCCUCCACCCCCGUCCCUUCCGUGUCAUAAUUAUCGGCGGCUCAAUAGCGGGCCUCACUCUCGCGAAUUGCCUCGCCGCUGCCGGAAUCGAGUAUCUGGUUCUCGAAAAGCAUCAGUCGAUAAAUGCGCCCCUCGGCGGACUUAUUGGCAUAGCUCCUACGGGAGCGCGUAUCCUCGACCAGCUGGGUAUAUAUGAUGCUGUGAAGGAUAUUGGGCAGGAAAUCACAGUGCUCCGAACGGGGUUUCCAGAUGGUAGUGGCUUCAAUCAGACAUGGGUCGCGGAGUUUGAGAAAAGAUAUGGGUAUGGCAUUAGUGUUACAUCUCGCCAGCAGUUACUUGAGGUUCUCUAUACUGCACUCGGCCCAAGCGCGUCAGAAACGGUGCAUCUUGGGAAGGAGGUAACGAACAUUCAUCACGAGGGCUCCGGCGUCAAAGUACUUACCCGUGACGGGAUGACUUACUUCGGAGACUUGGUGGCCGGUGCAGACGGUGUGCAUAGUAUCGCGCGCUCAGAAAUGCUGAGGAUGGCUGGUGGAAGUGCCUCGAACGAGGAGUCUGAGUUAUCAGCCGAAUACCGUAUCCACGUUGGCCUGUCCUGUCCAGUUCCCACUAUCACCCCGGGCGAGCAAAUUGUUCGUUGCUACGAUGGCUUCGCUGUUUUUGCGCUCUGUGGAAAGGAUGGGAUCUUGGGCUGGUUCAUCACAGAGAAACUGGACCGAAGGUACCAGUACCCUAAUAGACCUAAUCAUACCCAAAAUGAUGCUAUAAAGUUCUGCGAGAGUCUGGCAGAUGUGCCGGUGUGGGGAGACGUAACUUUUGGGGCAAUAUGGAAGGCUCGUACCUCAAUCUCCCAUGCGCUUGUGGAGGAGAAUGUCUUCAAGACGUGGAAUUAUGGGAGAAUAUGUACAUUCGAGAGUUAUAACGUUGACCCCAGGAAUAUAGACGAGCCCGAACUCCGGCCUAGGGGCAAGUCUAGCCAUGGAAGGCGCCGCUGCACUCGCAAACAAUCUUCGCCGACUGAUAUCGUCCAGCGAAAGCAGGCCCUCAUUGCAACAGAUCCAAACGGCAUUCCGCAAGCAGCACCGUGA